AUGGAUCAGACAACAAAAAACCAGGAUCGAGGACCAAAAGAUGGUACAGCAAGGUCAAAAUCAAAAUGCGACUAUCCAAAACGUCCUCGAGCCUCUGAGAAUAAAUUUAAUGCCCUGCAAACGGGAAUAAAGGAAUUUCUGAAAACCCCGCCAUCACGAUCACUUCUUGCUGAACUCGAGAUCUCUUUUGACGAUAUCACUGCAUCUCUUCCAAAGCGCUAUACAGUCUAUGAACCCCUUGUUCUACUGCCGGCAAAUGCAUUUAACGCACCUCCACUUUGGGGCACAUUCUGUGCGGCGCUAUCACCGGAGCAGAAAGAUUUAUUGUAUACCUCAAUAGCGAAGGCCUUCGGACGACUAGGCGCAACCCAUGUGGCAGUAAAUGCACCUAUUGCCUUGGCUACUCAAGGCCAAGAGAACCGAAUGCGAAGUCCCACCGGUUUAAUUCCACUGCACGGCAACUUUGGGAAUUCCCCCAGAGCCGCGGGGGAUGAAAGUGAACAACCGGAUACGGCGGAGCUCGAACAUGCAUUCUGGGUGCAAACUGUGCAAAACCAUGGCAUUCAACAAGUAUGGGCUCCGCUAUAUACGAUGUUCUCCCGCGGAAAUAUCACGGAGAAGGCCCGAAUCCUGGGACAAGGUCCCUCCCAAGGAACAUUUCCUGGCUUAGAUGAACAAUCCCUACGAGGACAAAAGAUCUCGGACGUCAGCGUCGUUGAUAUGUAUGCAGGCAUUGGCUACUUUGUCUUCUCAUACCUCAAGCGAGGUGUCAAACGUGUUUGGGGAUGGGAGCUGAAUGGUUGGUCCGUGGAAGGCCUGCGGCGAGGAUGCGAAGCUAAUCGAUGGGGCUGCCGGGUGAUUCGGGUUCGGGAAAAUGGGAGAUUGGAUAUGACGAUUGAAGAGCUUGUGGACAGCCUUACAGCGAAUGACCGGGUUGUCAUCUUCCAUGGAGAUAACACAUUCGCGGCCGAAAUACUUACAAAGAUCCAACAUGUUAUGGAGCAGAGAAAUGCGUGGAGUCCUGUCCGUCAUGUCAACCUGGGUCUUUUGCCUUCUUCAAGACCAUCCUGGGACAAUGCGUGCAAGGUUCUUGACCGGCAACAAGGCGGUUGGUUUCAUGUCCAUGAAAAUGUGAACGUGCGAGAGAUUGAAGAAAUGAAGGAAAAGUUAAAGACUGAGCUGGCAAGACUUCGAAAGAUGGUCCACGCCGAAUAUGUUAUCCUGGCAGACCCCGUUAUAGACUGCCAUCAUGUCGAACAUGUCAAGACAUAUGCUCCAGGUGUCAUGCAUUGCGUCUUCGAUAUCCAAAUUUCGCCUCUUGAAGAUUCUCUCGGUCUUGCAGAAUGA